GACACGACCUGGCCAGGUCUUGUCCGCCGGAAGUUGAAAGUAGCUUCGUGAAGAGAAGCUAGAAACUAAACUGUGUCAUGAAGUCAUUUUUAUUGCGUUUCUUACCGCGUUUCCUCCCAAUUGUGUACUCAUUGCAGCCGAAUAGAAACGAUAACAUCAUCGAUUCGUCGAUUUUUUUUUUCGCCAAAUCACUUCGACGCGUCCCAUGCUAGCUUAGCUCGCUAGCUGCUAAACAAAACGAAGCGGAAGUGAUCGACACGUCGCUAAAGUGUUGCGAUUGUGUGAAAAUGUGCAAAGUAGAAAUGCUGAGAGUGUUGGUGAAGCAGCGACUAACUGCUGCUGUGGAAGAAAUAUUUGUAGUGUUAGAAAGAACGAUAGCAGAAUACGAGGAGGAACUUUCUAGAACAAAAGAGGAGAACGAGCGACAACGUCAACUACUGGACGCUCUUUUCAACAAACAUCAACAAACAGACGUCAGUGAGGACCAUCUUCUUCCCCAGCAGCAGGAGUGGAGCUCCAGGGUGGGGCAGGAGGAGCCACAGCCCCCCCACAUUAAAGAGGAGGAGCCUUUUGAGGGACCGGAGGAGUUCCCGGUGAUUGGUGUCACUGUGAAGAGUGAAGAAGAUGAGGUCAAAGCUGAAAGUGAGGAGACGGGAGAGCCGGAGAGACCAAGCAGCAGCUCAAGUCAACACAUGACAAGAGAAGGUGAUGGUGGAGGAUCCCAAGCAGACUUAGCUCCACUGUCAGAUAGUGACGAGACGACGUCUCACUCUGCUGACACGGCAGUAAAACUAUUUGUCUGCUCAGUUUGCGGUAAAUCAUUUCGUAAUAAGAAGAAUCUGAUAAGACACGCUAGAACCCACACCGGGGAAAAAACCUACUCCUGCUCCUUCUGCCGCGCCAUCUUCAGCGUCCGCUCGGGGUUGGUGCAACACCUGAGAACGCACACCGGCGAGCGACCGUUCCCCUGCGCCGUUUGCGGCGAAAGCUUCUCUCACAGGGGACAUCUGAAAAGGCACGAAAGGACGCACAGCGGGGAGAAACCUUUCCCGUGCUCCCUCUGCGGGCUACGGUUCUCCCGGAACACUCACUUAAUGACUCACACGAGGACGCACACGGGCGAGAAACCCUUUUCCUGCUCGUUCUGCGGCAAGAGGUUCUCGCUGAAGGGGAAUUUAAAGUCGCACGAAAGAAGACACACCGGCGAGAAAGUGUUUAGUUGCAGCGUGUGUGACGAAAGGUUCUCUUAUAAAUACCAAGUGAGCAACCACAAGUGCCCUGGGAAACAUUUGAGUGGCUUUAUUUAACAUUUCAGCACUUCUAUUCAUGGACCGUGGACAAAAGCCUCGUUUUAAGCCGCCGCACAAAUAUUGGCAAAACCAAUCAUUGAAAUAUUAUUUUAUCAAAUGUAUUAAAAAAACUAGAUGAUUGUUCAUGGACGACGUGUUUUUUUCCUGUUGCUCCAGUCUUUGAUGUCAAAUGCAGCUUGGUGGAGGUUUGUGUUUGUGAAGAU